AUGGUUUUUGCUGAUGACAUAAUACUAUGCUGUGAAGGGAGCUUCCCCUCAUUUUACACAAUGCUAAAGGCUUUUAAACUUUUUUCAACAACAUCUGGUUUACAAAUCAGUGAGCAAAAGUCAGAACUUUAUACAGCAGGGGUAAGUCAUGAGGUAAUUCAGAGAAUAAAAGCUGUUACACAGUUUACUCAUAGUAAACUACCCUUUAAGUAUCUAGGGGUACCUGUGUGUGCUAGGAAAAUCAGGAUGGCUGAGUGUAAUGGGAUUAUUGAGAAGAUGUGUGCAAGGAUAAAAGUCUGGAGUAGUAGGAAUUUAUCAUACAUGGCAAGAGUUACUCUGGUGAACUCAGAUUUACUUAGCAUCCAUCAAUAUUGGGCUCAAAUGUUUAUCAUUCCAAAAUCUGUAUUAAAGGAAAUUGAGAAAAUUUGCAGAGCUUUCCUUUGGACUGGAGAAUGGAGCAGUAAUAAAUCAGGUAAUGUAGCAUGGGAGCAUGUUUGUCUACCUAAGCAAGCAUGGGGUGUGGGUUUUAGACAAAUCCAACUCUGGAAUGUGGCUGCACUAGCCAAAUAUGUUUGGGCUAUUUCUACAAAACAGGAUAACCUGUGGGUGAAAUGGGUGCAUGAGGUAUAUGUCAAAGACUCUAGAUGGUGGGACUAUGAUCCUCUAACAGAUAGUUGCUGGUAUUGGAAACAAAUCUGUAAAGUUAAAAGCAAAAUGAAGUUGUUAUACAGUGAGCAUGAUUGGAACAUUAUGUCUAAGUUUUGUGUGCAGAAAGUCUAUAAAAAAUUACUUGGGGAACAUCCUGCUGUGCACUGGGACAAACUAAUAUGGAACAGAUUAGUGAUCCCAAAGCACAGAAUGAUCGGAUGGCUGGUGAUGAAACAAAGGUUGAGAACCUUAGAUAUUCUGGUGAAGAUUGGUGUUCAGGACUCAAGCUCCUGUCAGUUGUGUGAACAUGGUAUUGAAAGCCACAAUCAUCUCUUUUUUCAAUGUACAUACUCAGCACAAUGCCUAAACUUGAUUAGGGGUUGGCUUGACAUGAAAAACCAACACAACAUAUUUUCAAGACAGUUAAGUUUUAUUAUGAAGAGCAAGAGAUCAGGGCUGCAGAAAAGAUUCAUGGCUGCUGUUUUCAGUGGGUUGGUGUAUCAGCUUUGGUGGGCUAGGAAUGAAGCCAUCUGGAAUCAUGUUGUAUGGAAACCUGAAAUCAUCUUCAAGAAGCUGAAGAAGUUGGUGCAGCAAAGAAUCAGAUUAGUUCUUCCUCAGAAAAUUAGUAAUGGAGAUCAAAUUUGGAUAGAUCAAAAGCUGAUAAAAUGUAUAGUUACAUUUUGUUUCUUUCUCUUCCAGGUUUUGAGGGGGCCAACCUAG